UAAAGCAAACACUGACCGCGAUAAUGGUAACUCAAACAAAACUAAAACAUCAACAUCUAAAGUUAAUCUGGUUAGUAACCUGUGAAGCUGGUGAUACUGUUUAUGGAGUUGUUUAAUCAUCCUCUGCUGAGAUCUUGAGAUAUUUAAUGUGUUCUUUUAUCUUGUGUUGAUUUCAUCUAAGGCUAUGAUUGAAGUCAGUUGUAGUUCUUGGAUUUCUGCUCGUCUCGUCUCUUUUUUCUGUUCUUCUUUCUCUUUCUUUCAAUGGUUCAGUUUGUUAACAGCAGGUGUUCUUCAUUAAUGCUCAAUCAUCACUCAAUUACUAAACUAAUUAUCUCAUUAACUUUAACACUGCUUCAGUGUUACUUUUUUAACACUCUGAGUGUGGAUUAUAUAUACACUGGGAGUGUUGAUUUAACACUGGAGGUUUUGCUGUAUAUAUAUAUAUAUAUAUAUAUAUAUACACAACAGAAAUAUAUAAAAUUAAUUAAACUAUAAAUUUAAAUUAUAAUAAACAAAUAAAUAAAUAUAUAUUAUAAAAAUAGUCAGAGAAACAAUAAAUGCAUUAAACUAUACUUUACAAUUAUAACAAAUGAAUAAAUCAUAUAAAUGAAGAACUUCAAAUAAUGAAUAAGACACAAAUAUAACAAAUACAUUAAAUUAUGAAUUAAAAUGCCCCAUCGGGACAAGACCACGGGAAUCAGAUAAGCCCUUUACACAAUCUGACAUGGCUGCGGUUGGAAUUGAACUGCGGGUUUCGUCUGGCCAGAGGAGAACUGGCUCCCCAACUGAGCCUGGUUUCUCCCAAGGUUUUUUUUUUCUCCAUUCUGUCACAGAGGGAGUUUUGGUUCCUUGCCGCUGUCGCCUCUGGCUUGCUCAGUUGGGGACACUUAAUUAAUUUCUAGUGAUUAUCGUCGAUUUGAUUGCACAGAUACUAUUUAAGCUAAACUGAGCUAGACAAUGAUAUCAAUGAAUUCAAUAAUAAAAUGCCUUUAACUAAAAAUUUAGUGUUUAAUCUUAUCAUUAUACAUUACUGACACUCUAUCCUCCAAUUUGAUACUGUUAAGUGCUUUGACACAAUCUGUAUUGUUAAAAGCGUUAUAUAAAUAAAGGUGACUUGACGACUUAACUGUUGCAUGUUGCUUUAAAUGCUAAUGAGCUCUGCUGACCCCACCCCUCUCUUUGGUGGGGUGACAAACCGUGCUCUGAGAGUCUGUUUACUUCAGCCAUAUUUAGCCGCAAAACUUGCUAACUAUCAUGUUAUUAGGAAUAGCGAUUGCAAAGAUUCAUAAAAACCCUUAUACUCACUUCUGCUGUAAGUGAAGCUGGAUCUCGAAUGAUUUGUGCGAACAUAGACACAUUUAGGCAGAUCAGGGGCACAUUUCCUUUAAAAACAAAUUUAAUCCACUGUGUCUUCAGCAGCUCAGAUGUCAGGAGUAAAUGACGACUGCUAUGUUCAUUAUUACAUCCAACAACAAAACACCUCAAUCGCUAUGAAGCCAUUCUUGUCUGCAUCUGCUCCAGCGGUAAAACAAUGGCAGUUGGACUUUUACAGCUCCAACACCAGUCCAAUAUGUGCUGAAAUGCUAGUGUCAAUCAACUAUUGUGGGAGUGGCCUGGGUCUGUGUGAUACAGACAAGAAUUUGAGAAUGGCUUGAUUUGAAAAAGGGGAUAUUAUUUUUAGGGAUUAAAUAAAAACCACUGGGUGGAUUUUUAUCAUUAUAGGGUAAAUGUGUACACACACUGCUAACACUCAUUUAUGUCCAAACAACAUGUUAAAGUGAAUUUAGCAUCUGAUGACCCCUUUAAUAGUAAGUACAUGUGCAACAAGGACACCUUAAAAUUAAGUUGCCGAAAAAAAAAAAAAAAAAACUUUUGAUGAUGGGCUCUUGAGUUUUAUUUUACUCUAAUGACAAUAAUCUCACAAUGGGCUGAUCUUGUUCUUGAUGGAUUUCAUGAGAUUAAAAUAAGGCACUGCACACUGAUUGUGUUGCAGGUGUUGCUAUGAUGGUGUCAGUCAGAAUGGCUCCUCCUCUUCCUCUGAUCUUUCUGCUCAUGAUUCACAAUGUUUUCAGUGCUGAUUGGGGUGUGAGUUACAGUCAUUCACGCAUCUGUGCACUAAAGAACUCAUCAGUGAUAAUGAGCUGCACUUAUACAUACCCUACUGGAUAUAAGAUCAGUAAAGUGUUCUGGACCAAAACAAAUGUUAAAAAUGCUGAUAAUAAGUUUCCAGAUCUGUCUAAGGACCCUAAAUACAGUCAGAGGCUUCAGUAUCUGGGAGAUGAACAGCAGAACUGCACCAUCAGACUGAGUCAUGUGACACAGAAAGAUGAACACGAGUACUAUUUCAGAUUCACAACUAGACAUAAUGGCAAAUGGAUUGGCACUCCAGGAGUGACUCUUGCUGUCACAGAUAUUCAGGUGGAGUCUCCUGAGAGAGUGACAGAGGGAGAUUCAGUCCGUCUGACAUGUAAAAGCAGCUGCGCUCUGACUGACGGAGCAACAUUCAUCUGGUACAGAAACUCACAGCCAUUAACUGAGAGAAGAGACAGAAACAAUCAACUCCUGCUGCAGUCAGUCAGAAGAGAGGAUGCAGGCAGAUAUAGCUGUGCUCUACAUGGAUACACUUACAUCUCUCCUGCUGUUUAUCUCAGUGUCACGUUUCCUCCAAAGGGAGCUUUUGUAGUGGUGAGUACAUCUGGUGAAAUAGUGGAGGGAGAUUCAGUGACUCUGAGCUGCAGCAGUGAUUCAAACCCACCUGCAGAAAUCAGCUGGUUUAAAGGAGGAAUGUUUGUAGGAUCUGGAAGAAUCUACAGCAUCUCAAACAUCAGCUCUGAUCACAGUGGAGAAUACAAGUGCAAGUCCAGAAAUAAACAUGGAGAGAAAUACUCUGAUGCUGUGACUCUAAACGUCAUGUACCCUCCAAAGAGUGUCUCAGUGUCUAUAAAUGGAUCUGCUGAAAUAGUGGAAGGUGAUUCAGUGACUCUGAUCUGCAGCAGUGAUUCAAACCCACCUGCUCUGAACUUCAUCUGGUUUAAGGAAGAUCAAAGCUCAGCUGUUGGAUCUGGACAGAGUUUCAGUGCACAACAGAUUGGAAGCUUCUACUGUGAGGCUCACAAUCAACAUGGAUCUCAGAGAUCAGACGCUGUUACUGUCAUUGUACAUGGAAGGAAGUUCCUGUAUGCAGUUGCUGGAGUCACUGGUGGAUUGGGAGGUUUAAUCUUCAUUUUCAUCAUUGUGUUGCUCAUGAGGAAAAAACAGAGACCUAAUCACAUCGCACAAAAGCAGGAUGAUCUAUAUGUCAACGUAUCAGCUCACGAUGGAUCUCUGUCUGAAUCUGAUGCCGUGAAUAAAAACGAUGCGCUGUAUUCCUUAAUUACUCUCAACAAUUUUAGUCACAAUCAGACUGAAGGAAAAGCAUCUGAUUCUGAAGAAACAGAAGAGAUCCAGUAUGUAACUGUCCUUCAUCACAGAAACAAAGAGAUGAACCAACCAGAAGAGAUGGAAAGCCAGUACGACAACAUUAGAAAAUACCAGACUGAUGCUACCAGGAGAUCUUCUGAUCAGAUGGUGGAGGAUCAAUCAGUGAUUUACAGCACAGUCAAAUAAUCAACAGAUCAGUUUGGUGAAAUUACUGUUCCUGGGAAAACUGAUCUCCAUGUUGACAUCGCCCUCGUGUGGUGGGACUGUGGCACUGCUUGUCUGAUGCUGGAUUUUCAUUUCUUUUUUUUUUAAAUUUUAUCUAAGAGCUGGAUUAUUCCAUGUUUUCGCAAACGGCAUUUUCUCUCACUGGAUCUCCUCCAGAGGAUCAGGAUGUUUCUGAAAUCCUGAAUUCUAGAGACUCUAGAGACCCUCCUGACAAAAUGUUAGUAAAAGCAGAUUCAUUUUUGGAACUAUAUUUGGAACUAUUCUUGUCAUUUCAGUCUAAAGAGAUUUUUGACAAAAAAUUGUCAACAGAAAUUAUUUGCCAAAGCCUUUGGUGGAAAUUAUACAAAGCCUGUAAUGACCUGUGCAUGGUAUCCAAAUUUAUCUUAGCAUCCCUUACGAAAAUUAACCAUGGUUUUACUAUAGUAACCAUGUUUUUUUGGCU